CUCCUUUAAUUAUAUAUAUAGACACGCAUUCUUUUGGUGUUGGUCUAUAAAUUCGUUGUUGUAUUGAUUUUCCUUCUUUCAUAGUAAUAACUAAUCAUUAUAUUCUUUUGGAAAGGGAAACUAUUUGAGAUCUAGAUCAAGAUGUGGAAUGUAAAUCAUUGUUGUUGGGCAAUGGUAGUGAUGUUAUCAAGCACAUAUUCAUGGGCCUUUGUGACUGAAAAAACAGCUGUUUUUUUAUCUCCCAAGAUUGAGAUAGGAGCAGGGAAAAGUUCAAACAAAUUAUACUACGAUGUUGAUUUCCCUAGAGGCCAUAUUGCACUCAAGAGUUUCAAUGCUGAAAUAGUUGAUGAGAAAGGAAACUCUGUGCCUCUCUAUGAGGCCUAUCUUCACCAUUGGAUUGUUAUGAAGUACCAUCAACCCAAAAAUGCCACAAAAACAAACCCAGGUAUUGAAAUUGUGCAAAACAGUGGGUUAUGCCAAUACAAUACUCUUCCAUAUUACUUUGGAGUUGGAUCAGAAACAAGAGGAGUAGAAACACACAUUCCAGACCCUUAUGGAAUAGAAGCUGGAAACCCUCCAAAAGGGUAUGAUGAGAAAUGGGUAAUAAAUGUUCAUGCAAUUGACACAAGGGGUGUCCAAGACAAGAUAGGCUGCAUUGAGUGCAGGUGUGAUCUCUUCAACAUCACAAAGGAUUCAGAUGGAAAACCUUUGAGUCCAAGUUACCAUGGAGGCUUGACUUGUUGCCCUGAUGAGAGUCAAUGCUUGUUGAAGAAAGGAUUCAAGCCUCAAAACAGAACCUUGUAUCUUAAAUACACUGUCAAGUGGGUCACCUGGGAACACUAUAUAUUGCCUCUUAGGGUUUAUGUGCUUGAUGUUACUGAUGUUGUCAAAAAUAACACACAUAAUUGCCUGGUUGAAUAUGAUGUUUUGCCUUGCAAGUAUGGAGGUAAAUGCGUUGAUGUGAGGAGGACAAAGCUUCCAAUGAACAAAGGAGGUUAUGUCAUUUAUGGUGUUGCUCAUGAACAUGUUGGUGGCACUGGUUCAACUCUCUACGGCCAGGAUGGAAGAGUUAUAUGCAAUUCACUACCAAAAUAUGGAAAUGGAAGUGAAGCAGGAAAUGAGAAAGGGUACCUGGUGGGAAUGACAACUUGCUACCCUCGACCUGGCUCUAUCAAGAUCUCUAAUGGUGAAGUUUUGACUUUGGAGGUUGACUACAGCAACACUAAGCUGCAUAGUGGUGUAAUGGGACUUUUCUACCUCCUUGUUGCUGAUGACCUCCCACAUCACAAGAACUAAAACUCAUGCCAUGUAAUUCUUUAUAUCUUCUAUGAUAUUAUUUUAGCAUUUUAUAAUAAGUUAUGGGGUGGAACUUGUAACUAGUAAAUAAAUGCAUAUAUUCUUUGUGAACAAGAAUAUAUAACUGUGUUUGUGUGAUUUUAUAUUACUGUAUAUGUAAUAUGUUCUCUUCCUAUAAUUAAUAACAAAUAACAGUAAUUAUGAAUA